AUUAGAUUUUCAGAAGCGCUGCGGGAUAGAAGUCGAGAGAAAUAAACAAAACUAGUGAAAGACAAUUAGAAGCAUUUAUAGUUUUCUAUUUUUAUAAAUCAAAAUAAAAAUUGUUAAAAGACUGUUAAGUGAAAUUAAAAGAGAAAUUGUUAAUUUAGUGAGAUUUUUAGGUUCUUUAGUAUCAAUCAUCUGAUGAGAUGCGUGAUACAUUUGUACAAAAAUUAAAUAACGAUAAGCCUGAAGUAAACUUCAACCAAGACACGAUACAAGGACACAAUGGAUCAGUUAAAGAGAGUUCAAAACAUGGAUGGAAUAAUAAUCAUUUUCCCCCAAUUGAUGAUGGAUUCUGUAAAAAUUCAGCCGCAAAUUUUCGUGGAAGGUCGACCGAAACGUCAGCGCCCGACCCAUGCGGGCCCGGGAGGAUGCGGGAGUCGUUGGAGGGGUCGUGCACAAAGACGAAGGACCCUGUUCAACUCCAGAAACGGCUGGGACUCUUCAGUGGGGUUGCUCUAAUCGUCGGAACAAUGAUAGGAUCUGGAAUUUUUGUGUCGCCAAGUGGACUGCUUGUUAGAACAGGCUCCGUUGGUGUGAGCUUCAUCAUUUGGAUGGCUUGCGGUUUGCUGUCAUUGUUAGGCGCGCUGGCCUAUGCCGAGUUGGGCACAAUGAAUACAUCAUCUGGCGCUGAGUGGGCUUAUUUUAUGGAUGCAUUCGGAUCCGCCCCAGCGUUUCUUUUCUCUUGGGUCUCCACUCUGGUGUUGAAGCCCUCACAAAUGGCCAUCAUUUGUCUUUCGUUUGCGCAAUAUGCUGUUGAAGCGUUCAUCUCGGAAUGUAAUCCACCGAUUAUUGUUGUUAAAAUGGUCGCACUUUUAUGUAUUGUUUGUAUCCUUUUUGUUAACUGUUAUAGCGUUAACUUGGGAAUGGCUGUUCAAAAUAUUUUCACGUCAGCCAAGUUGAUUGCUGUCUUGAUUAUAAUUGUUGGCGGUGCAUGGAAAUUAUUCCAAGGAAACACUCAACACUUGUCAAAUGCAUUCAACAAUCCCACACCUUCAAUGGGAGUUAUUGCAACUGCUUUCUACACUGGUUUGUGGGCUUAUGACGGUUGGAACAACUUAAAUUAUGUCACAGAAGAAAUUCAAAAUCCCAGCAAGAACCUUCCACGAUCAAUCAUCAUAGCAAUUCCUCUUGUGACAGUCUGCUACGCUUUAAUUAACAUUUCAUAUCUAGCAGCAAUGUCGCCCGAUGAAAUGAUUGAGUCAGAAGCUGUUGCAGUGACAUUUGGUAACAGAAUUCUUGGAUUGUUUGCCUGGAUCAUGCCAUUGAGUGUGACAAUCAGUACAUUUGGAUCAGCAAAUGGAACUCUCUUCGCUGCAGGUCGCUUGUGCUUUGCUGCAUCACGUGAAGGUCAUUUGUUGGAUAUUUUGUCUUAUGUCCAUGUUCGUCGCUUGACACCAGCUCCAGGAUUGAUUUUUCAUUCACUUAUUGCUGGUGCAAUGGUUCUCUAUGGCACCAUCGAUUCUCUUAUUGAUUUCUUCAGUUUUACAGCUUGGAUUUUCUAUGCUGGUGCUAUGCUUGCAUUGAUUGUCAUGAGAUAUACAAAGCCAAAUUACCCACGUCCAUAUAAGGUGCCGAUUAUCAUUCCAGUCAUAGUUCUUGUGAUUUCUGCGUAUCUUGUUAUCGGCCCGAUCAUUGACAAACCACAACUUGAAUAUUUAUACACCAUCCUGUUCAUAUUAUGCGGUUUGGUAGUCUACGUUCCUUUUGUGCACUACCGCAUGCAUCCAGCAUUCAUGAAUAAAGUUACAAUCUUCUUUCAAAUGCUGUUCGAAGUUGUCCCAACCAGUCAAAUGGCAAUGUUUGAUUAAGGUUUUUCUCAUAAAAUCUCAAAAUAUAUAAACUCAACCAAUGUAUGCGAAUUGUGCACUGGAACAUUAAUUUUGCUUUAAUACUUAUUACGUAUAAAAAUAGAAAAAAAGUCAAUCACAACUCAUAAGUAAGUUUAAGUUUUAAACAAACAAAAAGAAUUUAAGUUGCCAUCAAAUGGAAUCAUUUAUAAAGACUUAAUUGAAGGUUUUUAAUAAUUUAGUUGAAGGAAGCAUUAAGUUCUUAAACGAGUGAAGUAUCCGUUCAACAAAGCAACCGAAUCAUUCCAUAGAUGGUUGCAAAAGUUGAAUGAACUUUUCUCAUUUUUUAAUUCAUAAAAUAUUUAAAAACAGUUGCACUUUUGAAACGUGUUAGAAUUAGCAUUUGUUGGAUAAACUUCCAAUUAAAGAUCAGUGUUAAUCUCUACAUUUUAAGGAACGAAACCAAAGUGGUUGGAUAUCAGAGAAGAGCUUUGAAAAGAGAAUGUAAACGGGAAAAUGAUCAAAGACAAUUAUUUCCCAUUUAUAUAAAAUGUUUGUAAAAUAUUACAAAGAAAACUAUGAAAAUAAAGUUGUAACAUGUUUUAUUUUUUGAAAUCUAAGAAAA